UUGGCCGCGGGUCCCGCGGGCUAUAAAAGGCGGAGCGCGGGCAGGGGCGGGCCAUUCCGGGAAACGGCGGGGCAGCGGCGAGCGGCGAUGGCGCGGGGGGCCCUGGCGCUCGGCGUGCUUGCGCUGCUGGCGCUGCUCGGCCUGGGAGCCGCCGGUGAGGCGCCGAAGGUGGAAGUCUACGCCCGUUCACGCGCCGAGGAGGGAAAGGAGAACACCCUCCACUGCUUUGUCACUGGCUUUCACCCACCCAAGAUCGACAUCCACCUCCUGAAGAACGGGGAGCCCAUUCCCGGCGUCAAGUACGGGGACUUGUCCUUCAACGACAAGUGGCAGUUCCAGCGCCUGGUCUAUGUGCCCUUCACCCCCACAAGGGGUGACACCUUCUCUUGCAGGGUGAAGCAUUCCACCAUGCCGGAGGCGCGCGAUUACCGCUGGGAACCAGACUUCUGAGCUGAAUCUGGGAUAAUCAAUAACCCAUGAUUUGAGACAUUCAUCUUGCAAGUCUUGAGCUUCUGUCCAUUCUUCGUCAUAGCCACAAGACUGAUCAACUUCCUUUCAGAAAUUUACUAAUAAUCCUUGCUAAAAAUAUCACUCAGCCACAACGUCAAGGGAGCUCUGCAGGUUUGAGCACGUAGUUAAAAAUGCCCCCAUUAUGGCUUAAAAAACAAUGGCAUCUUUUCACUGCUCCAAAUUUUGUGGCAUUUUUAUACCUUAAUAAACUGCUAGUCCUUAAAAUGUU